UUAGCGCCAGCGCAGCCUUGAGCCGCGGAGAUAAAUGGGAGCUCGGAGGUGCGCGCACUUAAUCACGGCGCCGGCUGCCUUCCAGCGUGUGCAACCCGCCGAUCAUUAGGUUAAAUGGAGGACAUUCGUGUCCUUCCCGAAUCAAUGCAAUUAUUGUUGGCAACGAGGACAGCAAUUGGAGUGGCAGCGCUAAUUUUACUAACCUGCUAUUAAUUAUGGUGUCCCCCACGCCCCAGACGGCGUUUAUAACCCGAGGAGGCAAGCAGUGCUGGCUGCUGCUGUUUUAAAAGGAAAAGUUGGAACCCGAGCGCCUGGUCGUGUUGGAAAGUGUUAAUCAGCAGGAAAGAGUGUGAUCAGUGGAGCUAUUCACUUGAACGUCACUCUAGUACAGGGGGUUAGUGAAGUGAUUGUGGCGCCUGGGGACCGAAGGCACUGUGCCACUCCAGUCAGGUAUUAUACACUGAGAAAUGUCUACAUUAGUUCUCCGUAGCUCCCUGCAAAGUGAGCCAGCGCAGACAAGAGGAGAGAAGCCCUGCCAUGGCACAGCUCUCGCUACGAGGUUUUAGCCGAAGCCUGGUGUGAUCGCAGCAUCUAGGGACCUGUGGUUACCAAUCAAUUGGUACAAUAGAGCAGAGCAAGGCUGCAAUAGCGUGCAGAUCAGACGUCUCGCCUUGUUUCUAGAUAACUGGGAGCCUCUGUACCAUGUCAUAUCCUCAGUUUGGCUACCCUUACUCCUCUGCACCCCAGUUCCUGAUGAGCACCAACUCCCUGACGACCUGCUGCGAGUCCGGCGGCCGGACACUGGCCGAGACGGGGGCGGCCGCCUCGGCGCAGACCCCGGUCUAUUGUCCUGUGUACGAGAGCCGCCUGCUCGCCACCGCCCGCCACGAGCUCAACUCCGCCGCCGCCCUGGGGGUCUACGGCGGCCCCUACGCCGGCCCCCAGGGCUAUGGAAACUACGUGACCUACGGCACCGAGGCUCCCGCUUUCUACUCCCUGAACAGUUUGGAGGCGAAGGACGGCAGCGGCUCUGCGCAUGCGGGCAUCGCCCCGGCGGCUGCCUACUACCCCUAUGAUCACACCCUCAGCCAGUACCAGUACGACAGGUACGGCGGGAUGGACGGCGGGACGCGGCGGAAAAACGCCACCCGGGAGACCACCAGCACGCUGAAGGCCUGGCUGCAGGAGCACCGCAAGAACCCCUACCCCACCAAGGGCGAGAAGAUCAUGCUGGCCAUCAUCACCAAGAUGACCCUCACCCAGGUCUCCACCUGGUUCGCCAACGCCCGCCGGCGGCUCAAGAAGGAGAACAAGAUGACCUGGCCUCCGCGGAACAAGUGCUCGGACGAGAAGCGGCCCUACGAGGAAGAGGAGGAGGAGGAGGAGGGCUCGCAGGAAGACGCGAUGAUGAAGAACGAGAAAGCCGAGGAGCCCACGGGCAAGGAGGAGAAGGAGCUGGAGCUCAGCGACCUGGAGGACUUGGACGCCGCCGAGUCGGAGAGCUCCGAGUGCGAGAUGAGGCGGCCCUUCCCGCACCCGCUGCCGCACCCGCACCCGCUGCCGGGCGGCGGCCCCCCGCCCCGCGCCGCCGAGCCCCCCGCCAAGCUGCCGCUGCCGGCCGCCGUCGACGAAGAGGAGGAGGAGGAGGCGGAGAGGGCCCGCAGCUGCCUGAAGCCGGCGGCCGAGGAGUGCGAGGCGGCCUUGCUGGGGGCCCGGCCCCGCGGCUGCGAGCCCAAAAUGUGCUUCCCGCAGGGACAGCAGCUGCUGGAGGCGAAGCCCCGGAUUUGGUCCCUGGCGCACACCGCCACCUCCCUCAACCAGGCCGAGUACCCCUCAUGCAUGCUGAAGCGGCAGGGGGGCUCGGCCGCCACCGCCGUCUCCACCCCGGUCAAUGUCAUCGACAGGCACCAGGAUUCACCGGUCACCAACCUCAGGAACUGGGUGGACGGGGUGUUUCACGACCCCCUGUUCAGGCACAGUACUUUGAACCAAGCCUUGAGCAACACCACGGUGUCCUGGGCUACCACCAAAGGAGCCAUUCUGGAAACGGGCGCCUUGGGACGCUCGGUGGGCAACGGCGCCAACGUGCUCAAGGGGCAGAUGUCAAACCUGGCCCACCACGACUCGAGCAAGGAGUUUAUCGCGUUUCCCAAAGCAGGAAGCAAAAUGUUUUGCUCUUAACGGCCCCACUGAGGGGCAAAGAACUUCCCUGCACUGGAAGAGUCAGCUACACUGAAAAGAGACUUGUGAGAGUUUAAAUAUAAAUUUUUUUCUUUCCUUUUUUUUUUUUUUUUAUUUUUCCUUUUUAACAACAGAAACGAGGAUUUAAAGUUCAGUUUGCUCAGUUCAAAGGACAGACGACUCACUGCUCUUCUGAAGAAUUAAUUUCUCCUGGCUGCGACUUUAAGGGAUCAAUGUCGUGAAAGUUAUUUAAUUCCAUGUCCAAAAGCACGUACUAUAGCGUAGACCUACUUACAAAGUUUACAUCCAAAAGUUUACAAAUGAGAAAUUUUAAUUCAGAUUUAAUUUAAGGCAUGCCGAUAUUAGUUAUAAAGACUUUUUGAGAGUUUUUCCUCCUAAUUUCCUUGUUAGCAUAUACUUCACAAACAGCACUUCUACUAAGUUUACACCUACUGCACAAAUUUAUCUUGACAGAAAAGAGAAAUAUGUUAAAAAGGUAUGUUCACUCCAAUAAAUUGUCUGUUUCAGAGGUAA